AUGCAGACAUUUUCUGAUAUCAUGUCCUUUGGCUGUCCAUCAGAUUCUGUUCCGUAUAUAAACUCUUCGUUCAAUCAAAACAACCCACAAAUGAGACAAUCAUUGGCUGACAAUAAAUCAGUCAAUAAUAUAGCGAUGAUUACACCGGAGAUGUCUUCAUCCCAAUGGAUACUAAACCCAUUCUGCUCUUCGGCACCACUCAUGACCACAACCAUCGCGACCAAUACUCCAGACAUGACAUCACUCUUGACGUCAAAUUUUAUUCUCCCAAACAAUACCACAAAUGCUAUGUCUUGGAGACCAUCACUGGAUUCUGUCUUGGGAUCAGUUGCGGUGAAUAACUCAAACGCCAACAAAGAUGUCUUACGAUUCAAGACAUGCAGUCUCUUUGCGCCCAAAACGACGGCUCCGAAGAUGUCGACCAGAGAGCGACCCCUCGGCUGUCGGACUGUCUUUGUGGGCGGUUUGCCUGAAAACAUAGCCGAAGAUAUUCUUCACGAAGUGUUUUCACUGACUUGUGGUGACAUAAGUGCGGUCCGCAUGAGUAAGAAGAAGAAGAACUUCUGUCACAUUCGCUUCCAAAACGAGUCGUCCGUCGAGACAGCCAUCGGUCUGUCCGGACAUCGGCUUAAGAUCAAUGACUCGGAUGACUCGCCAAACACGGGUCGACUCCAUAUAGACUACGCUCAGGCCAGGGAUGACCAGUACGACUGGGAGUGCAGACAACGUGCACUUCAGAGGCAAAUGAGACAUAAGGAAAGGCAUGAGUUUGACCGGACGUGUCCUCCCAGUCCACCGACUGUUCACUUCAGCGACGACGAGGCCAUCCAAUUGGCGGACAAAUUGAAAGGCGAACUAAGUUUCUUAAAAGGAGUACAGGUUUUGGUGAAUUGGUUGGAGAGAGGGGAGUGUCAGAAGAGGAAUUCCGGUCAGUUCUAUACAAUGAUUCAAAGCACUAAUAAUCACAUCAAGAGAUUGCAAAACGAGAGGACACUCUUCGAAAACGAAUGGAUCAAUUCACGACAGAUAUAUCACUCGAAAAUUGAGGCCAUUUUAGUUCAGUUGACUCAAAUCGAGAAAGUAUUUGAAGCGGCGAUGAGACAGAAGGCUUGGGACCACUUCACUAAAGCCCAGCGAAAACACAUCGACGUGUGGUUCAAGCAAAUCAAGGAGCUGAAGAGCGCACACAUCGAUCACGUACUGAACCAACGAGAAGAGGAUGAAAUGGAUUUGAGUGAUGGCGACGACGAUCACAAUCCUCUCAUUUACGGCAACAACACAUCCAUUGCUGAGCCCAACAACUCUGUGAUGAGCUUACGAGACGAAAACGACGCACUCCUGUGUCAGGUCGAGUCCUUCAGAAAUGAAGCCGUCUUUGUGGAGGAGGAGAGCCGACAGGAAAGGGAACGACUCGAGAAACAGGUCUCUCUCUUACAGCAGGCCUUACAGGGAAUGCAACACCAGUUGAUUGCAUUGACUCGAAAUAAACCCGAAGAUUGCUUACCAUCUAAUGAUUGUAACGCUUGCAGUGAUAAUAGAGAAAUGUCUUCGAAUAACAAUACGUUUGGUGCCAUUAGUUCUGAAAAGACGGCUCUUCUUAUAAGUUUGAUAUCUAUUUAUUUGAAUGUUCAUCCGUACGGCACCACCAGUGAGGAUAUUAGUUCUUAUUUGUCACAACAAAGUCACAUCCGAGAGACACAACUUCUUUCCACUGCUUUCAUUCACUCAUUCCUAUCACAAUAUCCACAACUCUUCACGCAAUUAGAAUCCGAUUCUAAUGGAAGAACCCUUUGGAGGUUUUCAGGGUUCCGCACGUGAAACCCACCUCUCAUUUGUAUAUUUUCACAAAUUAUCAAAUUGUCAAUCACCACUAUUUAUUAUAUCUCACCACUAUCAAUUCAAAUAAGCCUAUAA